GUUAGCUGUUGCCUCCUGGCUCCGUGCAAGUUCCACUUGUGGUCAGACUGUGGUACAUAAUAAGCUUGAGCUGCCUGGCUGCCUGCAGGCCUAUUUUCUAUUCACUGCCCCAACCUAAUAGUCAUCAUGGAACCAGAGCCAGGCGAUGAUUAUCUGCGCAGAAUUGCGACGUUCAUCAGAAACAAUGAGAUGGGCCUCGCGGAAGCUGGCUUUGUCCGACGAAGGGGUAUACAGCGUCGGCAUUCUACCAAUAACACCUCUGUCUUCAAUCUCGCUGGUUGGUUUUCCUAUGAUUCACAAACGCCGUCACCUGCUCCUCCUCCGAAACCUGUCACGUUCGGCAUCGAUACGCACAGGCUCUUUUACGUGCUUAUGCGCUUAGAGGCGCUUGGAAUUGACAUUGGCACAUUAGACGUUAGGGUGGACAAUCCCUCGAAGCCAAUGCAUUACACGCAUAUCGAUUUGUACCCUAAUUCCGACAAAUCCGACACGCUAUCUCUCGCGUCAUUUCGCUCGUCACUUUCAGCCGUAUCUGGUUUGUCCCUUGGAGUAGGGUGGUGGGGAAGACAGGAACCGCAAAGCAUCGACACGGAGCUCAAGUACAUUUACAGCUCUUUUACAAAGGUCCCUGCACUAUCCAUCAGGGCACCGGGUCCCAAAGUCAUCGCGGAGCUUGCAGACGAACCACCUAAUCAGAAUGCACUCCCACUGGAUGCAUUCAAGAAUCUUCAGACUCUGGAGUGCGUUGACAUAGACCCACGGACAUUGCUUGGGUGGGAUAGGCUGGCAGAAAGUCUGCGGAGUUUAACAGUCCAGCGCAGUGGGCUGGAGGACGUCACUGAUAUCUUCAUUGGUGCCGUGUUAGAUGACCAGGCUCGGAGAGAUGGAACCUCGAGCGACCUAAGAAGCAGACGCAUACCUCGUAGACAACGCUCCUUCCAGAGUACUCGCCUACCUGAGUCUGUUCCAGAGGACGAUGAAGACGAUUUAACGCCUCCAACGCCUUCACCUGCCGCUCCCCUCUCGCCCUAUAAAUGGUCAUUAUUGAAGCAUUUGUCGCUGGCAGAUAAUGCCCUCACAUUUCUUCCCACCGACCCAUUACCAUACCUCACUUCCCUCAUUCAUCUCGACCUAUCGUCUAAUCUUCUCGUGUCUGUCCCGCAUGGUAUCGCCAUACUCCACAACCUCGUCUCCCUAAAUCUCUCCGAUAACAUGAUUGAUUCAGUCCUUGGUAUCUACACGCACCUUGGCCAAGUUCUCAACAUCAAUCUCUCCCGCAAUCGACUUGAUUCUAUCUGUGGCUUAGAGCGUCUUAUGGCGCUGGAACGCGUCGACUUGCGUUCAAACCACAUAGAGGAGAGCGCUGAAAUUGGGCGAUUGGCCACACUACCUAACAUUGCGGAGGUAUGGAUUGAAGGAAACCCGCUCACAGAAUACGAGGACAACUAUCGCACCACAUGCUUUGAUCUCUUUCGGAAGGAGGACAAGAACAUCAGGCUCGAUGGGGCAUCACCAGGGUUUUACGAGAAACGCAGUCUCACUGCACCACUGCCUGAUCAGCCACUAUCAGCAAACCCCGUCGAGCCCCUCCCCUCUCCACCUGUCGUACCAGUCAGUCCAAAGGCGAAGGCACCCUCUUCGACAGGGACGCAUGACGUCACGGGCACUUCACGAUCGGGACCAUCAUCGCCGUCUCCUGGUUCACCUCUGCUACCAGGUGCUGUUACAGGGAAGGCGAGAAAGCGGAAGGUCAAGCGCAUCGUCGACCUGACCACCGUGGAUGGAACAGGUGAGGCUUAUUAUUCAACACUUGCCAUUCAAGUGAUUGACGGCGCUUUAGAUGGACGAUCUCAUUCCUCGAAUAAAGGAGGCACUGCAGUAGCAACAAUGCCAGGGAUCUCCGUUCGCCCUGCAAGCCCGCUGCGCUCGCCGUCUGCCACUGUUCGUAUACCACGUCCACAUUCAACGAAUGGCAAGUCGGGACACCGAAGAGUGAGCACGGUAUUCGAACCAGAUGAGGGUCAGAGCCAGAGUCAGAUACGGGAUGCUGAGCUCUAUCGAGCGCGGAUGCAAGCCCUGCGUUCUGAUAUGGGAGAUGGGUGGCUGAAGGUGUUCAGCCAGAGUCAAACUCCAUCACCGGGAGUUGCUGCGGGUUAGACUAUAGGUAUGCUGGUGAUUUAGUAGGAUAUACCCAUCUUGUAUGUAUUCAUCAGUCUGGACUCUGCAUUAAUAUUGUAUUUCGAUAAUCCCAUUACAUACACUGGCCGUGGUCCCAUGGCUAACUCUUAUUUUAAGUUCUUCC